AUGGUCUCACUCUGGCCCUGGAAGGGCGAAGACAACUCCCCCGCCUCCUUCGAAAAGACACUCUCAAACCUCUCCACAAAAGCGACAGAGACAAAUACUCAACUAGACAAACUUCGUCAACAAGCGCGUCGCUUCAAGGCGUUGUGGACGCUGUACUCGGUGUUUAUCUACCUGCUCUAUUCGACUAUUGAUGUGUUGGUGUUGGGAUGGCAGAAUUGGGGAUAUUGGGAAUGGGGCGCUGUUCUGGGCGGUCCUUUUGUAGUAUAUACCGUUCGAACCGUUGGGAGCCGCAUGUUUGAUUAUCGCAUAAAUCGGUCUCAGAAUUAUCUGGAUAGUCUCAACAAACAGCGAGACAAGACGAUUGAAAAGUUGAAGGUUGCCACAAAAUACAAUUCGACGCAGCAGUUGCUGGAAAAGUAUGGUGGAGAAUCGCCAAAGCCGAAGACAGCGAACAAGAAUGGCGGCACCAAGAAGAAAGAUAAUGAUCAGCAGCAACGAAAGACGCAGGACAACGCCCCCGAAAGAACGGGACUACCGCCUCCGCCAACGGCGAAUAUAAGACGGUAUCCACAGAACGAUGCUCCCGCAGCGGCACCAUCACCACCAUACAAUCAACCACGUCCCUCUCCACGGAACGACAAACCUUUACCGCCCCCUCCAUCUGCAGAUGCAACUUACGCUGAGAAACCCGGAUUUGCGCCCAACGCUUUCCCGCCUUCAGCACAACCGCAAUAUGCUUCAGGCGGAACACCGAAAUGGUACGAUCGUCUCAUGGAUGUAUUGUUAGGCGAAGACGAGACCUCGCCGAAGAAUAGAUUGGUUCUGAUUUGUCAGAAUUGCCGGCUUGUUAAUGGCCAAGCCCCACCGGGGAUCAAGAGUUUAGGUGAAUUGGGGAGAUGGAGGUGUGGGAGUUGUGGGGCGUGGAAUGGGGAGGAGACUGAGGCUAGGAAGGUUAUUGCCGACAUUCAGCGGGAGGUUACAGAGGAUAGACAGGCGGCUAAAAUGGCAGAUGAUGAAAUGUCUGCAUCUGAAGAAAAUGAUGAUGGAGAAUUGAUCAGCAAGGAGGAGGGGGAAGAUGAAGGAGACGAACAAUCCGAGAAGCAAGAAGAAAUUCAAACAAUUCCCGAGAAGACGGGAACGACACAGUCUGAACCUCAACCGCAGAGCGGAGUCGAGAUGAGAUCCCGAAGCAAGAAAGGAAAGAAAUGA